GACCAGCAAGAAAAGACAGGAUAUGAAGCAGGGGGCUCCAGGCUUCUCAGGGCCUGCAGGUUGGGGACAGCCAUUCUGGCCUCCUCUGUGGUUCUAGAAAAUGAGGGUCCAGAGAGGAAAACUUGCAAGAGAAUAGGGUGGGCUGGUAUCAAUCAUAAGAGAAAGGGCAGGGAUGGGAAGGGCUUCCCUCAAGAAAGUCUGAGAAACUACUUCUGUUGGACUCCCCAGGGCCCCCUGCUAGCCAGGAGAGUCCAUAGAGAGGGACUCUACAAUGACUCCUCUCUUGGCCAGACCCCACCCCAGCCCGGGUCACAAUGGGGCUCCUCUGGGGAGGUGGGGGAGGGUAAGAGUUGGGGCUCGGACUGGCGGCCAGCCUGUCCUGGGUGCAGCAGGAAGCAACAUGACUUAGGUAGCUCUAUCCAAAGGUGCACCAGCCGUGAUGCAGCAGCCACGAGUGGAGACGGAUCCCAUCGGGGCCGGCGAGGGGCCGCAGCGGUCGGUCCCCUGGUCGGUCUGGGUCACCCGGCAGGGCUGGGUGCGCUGGUGGGUAUGCCACGUGCCCCAGAGCUGGGCCCAGUGGUGGACCACAUCAGGUUUGCGGCAACCCCUGCAGCGCGUGCUGUGGGGUCUGGAGGGGAUACUCUACCUGCUGCUGGCUCUGAUGCUGUGCCAUGCACUCUUCACCACCGGUACCCACCUGCUCAGCUCCCUCUGGCCUGUGGUGGCUGCCAUGUGGCGCCAUCUGCUGCCGGCCAUCCUGCUGCUGGUGCUAAGUGCCCUGCCUGCCUUGCUCUUCACGGCCUCCUUCCUGCUGCUCUUCUCCACACUGCUGAGCCUCGUGGGCCUCCUCACCUCCAUGACUCACCCAGGCCGUGCUCAGGACUUGGACCAAUAGAAGGGCAUCCCCAUUCCGCU